CUAUUACGUUUUGAAUAAUAAUAUUAUGUUCAUUUAUCUCAUUAAUGUGUUCGGCAGCGGCGGUCUUAUCAUAUUGUAGUAGAGCAAACUAAAAUCGCAUCGUACCGCGUACGUCCCAAUACCUCGCGUUAAUAGUUUUAUUUUUAAUUGACCAAUGUAAUCAACAAUAUUAUAAAGCGCAGACCACAGCAGAAAGUCACGUUAGUCGAACGCCGCAAACGCGAUCCGGUAUCCCCACGUUGGAUUAUCGUUUUUCAUAAUAUUACCGUUCGCGUUGAAACAAAUAAUUGUUCGAUUCUUUAUACCUGCGGUAUUUGAUUUCGGUCUCGUCAGUGUUGGUUACGUCAUUUAGGCGAAAAAAAUAUUCAAUUUGUGCGUUCUCAUUGAAAUCGGUCACCCGGUCGUUUCGAGACGCCGUCCGUCGUGGUUGUAUUGCACAGUGUGAGUGGGUUUUAUAAUAUUAUUAUUGCAUUACAUUCGUGUGUUGUCCGGCCGACUAUGUCGUUGAACACCGAAGACGGUGCCCUGGAGGGCGAAGGUGUGUUCUACGACGUUUACAGUGUGGGAUUUUGGCUGAAAGUGUUGCUCAACGGUUGUCUGGUCGGUCUCAUUACGUAUUUGCUGGUGAAAAUAUUCAUGAAACGCAAUGAACCCGAACAAGCCGAAUACGUUGACACCUCGCUGCCGAAAAUGAAAAAGAGAGAUUUUACAAUCGAAGAACUUCGCGAGUUUGACGGCACCAAAGGCGAUGGACGCAUAUUGGUCGCUAUCAACGGCAAAGUUUUCGACGUCACCAAAGGGAAACAUUUCUACGGACCGGGUGGGGUUUAUUCUACGUUUGGCGGACACGAUGCUUCUCGAGGACUGGCCACAUUUUCAGUUAGCGGCAAAGAUGAGUACGAUGACCUAAGUGACUUAAAUUCCUUGGAACUAGAAUCAAUGUUAGAAUGGGAAACUCAAUUCAAAGAAAAAUAUGAUUAUGUCGGUCGCCUUUUGAAACCUGGUGAAUCACACGGCUACUACACAGACGAUGAAGAUUCUGCUUCAAACAAAUCCCACCUUGAAAACAGCAAACAGGCUGAUAAAACUAAAGACAGUGCUGAUGAUAAACUUUCAUCGAGUGAAGAAUUCAAGACUGAAACCACCGACAACACAACCGAUUCCGCAAAAGCUCCAGAAAAAAGUGCAGCCGUAAAUAACCAAGAAGUGGAUAAAUAAUGCUAAUUACUACAAAUAACAUCACAUUUUUUUUUUUUUUUAAGGGGGGACUGUGAAAGUGGU